AUGUUUCACAACAGCUUUCAGUCGGGGUUUCUUUCCAUUUUGUACAGCAUCGGUUCGCGGCCGCUUCAAAUAUGGGAUACGAAAGUCCGCAACGGCCACGUGAAGCGCAUCACCGAUGAGGAUAUCCAAAGCAGCGUGCUCGAACUCAUGGGGAGCAACGUGAGCACCUGCUACAUCACCUGCCCCGCGAACCCCAAACAGACGCUUGGGAUCAAGCUCCCUUUCUUGGUGAUGAUUAUCAAAAAUAUGAAAAAAUACUUCUCCUUCGAGGUGACCAUCCUCGACGACAAGAACAUCCGCCGCCGGUUCCGCGCGAGCAACUACCAAAGCACGACGAAAGUGAAGCCGUUCAUCUGCACGAUGCCGAUGCGGCUCGACGAAGGGUGGAAUCAAAUCCAAUUCAACCUCUCCGACUUCACCCGACGGGCGUACGGGACGAAUUACGUCGAGACGCUCCACGUCCAGGUCCACGCGAACUGCCGGAUCCGUCGGCUUUACUUCAGCGAUCGCCUCUACGCCGAGGAGGAGCUCCCGCCGGAGUUUAAGCUGUUUUUGCCGGUGAUGUCGACCGCCGCGGCGGCGGCGCCGCCGACGUCGAACUCCCGCGCCGCCGCCGACCUCGACGUCGUGGACGACCACACCGGCGGAUCGAAAGAAAACCCCGUCGAGGCAAGCACCCCACAGACCGCCGCGGCGUCGUAG